AUGUGGUGGAUGAGAGUGAUAUUGGUACUACUGUUUCCAUUUUUGCUUAUACUACAGCAAGGUAGUAGUAGUACUAUUGAGCAAGAGCAUACAUGUCAACCUUCAUCUUGUGGUAAAAUUUCCAGUAUAAGUUAUCCAUUCCGAUUAACAGAUGACCUGAAACACUGCGGAGAUAACCGGUAUGAGCUAUCAUGUGAAAAUAAUGUGACAACUUUAUAUUUAUACUCUGCAAAAUAUCAUGUCCAGUCCAUCAAUUACAACAAUUUCACAAUCAGACUGGUUGAUCCUGGAGUUCAAGAAUCUAAUUGCUCUUCACUUCCUCUCAAUUUCUUGUCGCAGUCAAAUUUCUGUGAUACUUAUGAACUUGGGAAGAAAUAUUGCAUGGAUCCAUACCAAGCAUUGGGAUAUUAUGGUGAUGAACUUGUUUUCGAGCAUAUAGUAUACUUGAAUUGUAGCCAUCAAGUUACUAACAAUCAUAAAUAUGUGAAUACUACUUCGUGUCUCGAUCAGAACUCGGAAGGGUAUUAUAUUUAUGCUAUGGCUGGUGAUUUAAUUGCUCAAGAUUUUCAAGUUGGUUGUCAUGUAAAAUUGGUUACACCAACUUCUUGGUUGAAAAAUUUGGAAAGAAAUCAAGAAAUUUCUUCCUAUGAUUUCAUUCAUAAGGCGUUAGUGUAUGGAUUUGAGAUUUCAUGGUUGAAUCUUCCAUGUAAGAAUCUUCAAUGUGGAGAUUCGAUACGUUGCAUCUUCAAUUCCAACCAGAAAGUUCUAUGCUAUGAUCGCCCCUGCAAUAAAUCCUGGGGAGGAAUGACAUUGUUUAUUGCCUUAUUGAUAUGCAAAUGGAGGAAAAGGCAUUUGUCAAUUUUUGAAUAUAUUGAAAUAUAUCUACAACAACAAAACAAUCUCAUGCCCAUUGGAUAUUCAUACAAAGAAAUCAAGAAAAUGGCUAAAGGUUUCAAAGACAAGUUGGGUGAAGGAGGCUUUGGUACCGUGUUCAAGGGGAACCUACGAAGUGGGCCUUGUGUGGCAAUCAAGAUGUUGGCUAUGUCGAAAGGAAAUGGACAAGACUUUAUUAGUGAAGUAGCAACUAUCGGAAGGAUACAUCAUUUGAAUGUCGUGCAAUUAAUCGGAUUUUGUGCUGAGGGAUCCAAACGUGCUCUUGUUUAUGAAUUCAUGCCUAAUGGAUCUCUUGAUAAAUUCAUUUUUUCCAAAGAAGGAAGCAAAAAUAUAAGCUAUAGCCAAAUUUUCGACAUAUCAAUUGGAGUAGCUCGUGGAAUUGCUUAUCUUCACCAUGGAUGCGAAAUGAAGAUUUUGCAUUUUGAUAUCAAGCCUCACAACAUUCUUCUUGAUGAGAACUUCACCCCAAAAGUCUCUGACUUUGGAUUGGCCAAGCUAUAUUCGGUAGAGAAUAGCAUUAUCACAAUGACUGCAGCAAGAGGUACAAUUGGAUAUAUGGCUCCAGAAUUGUUCUACCAAAAUAUUGGAGGAGUAUCUUAUAAGGCUGAUGUUUAUAGCUUUGGAAUGCUUUUAAUGGAGAUGGCAAACAAAAGGAAAAACCUAAAUGCCAAGGCAGAGCGUUCGAGCCAACUUUACUUUCCUUUAUGGAUUUAUGAUCAAGUUGAAAAAGGGAAAGACAUAGAAAUGGAAGAUACUACCGAGGAAGAAAAGAAAAUAGUAAAAAAGAUGAUCAUAGUUGCACUUUGGUGUAUACAAUUAAAACCAGAUGAUCGUCCAUCAAUGAACAAUGUAGUGGAGAUGCUACAAGGAAAUAUUGAAAGCCUUAACAUACCUCCAAAGCCAACCCUUUAUCCAGAUGACACAAUUACAAAUGACGAAAGAAACAACUUUGAUCAAAGAAGUUCGAGUAAUUACACUAGUUCUUAUGAUUCUGUGGAAAUAUCAACUAAUUCUCUAGUAGAGAAUAUUGCUUGAAUUAAUGUUUCUAUAUUUUUUUCUAUUGUAUUUCAUUUCCAAUGUUAGAAAAACCGAAAUCUUCAUUUGACGUCCCUAGAUAUGUAAUAUUAAAAUCUCAUUCUACUCU